AUGAGCAGGUUGCCCCACCUCCUCGUCGGGACUUGGCUCCUCGCACUGGUCGCAGGUGCUGCUGUCCCCCCUCCCGUGACCCUGCUCCAGCUGUCAGACCUGCACCUGGCCGCCCCCAACUCCUCCGGCGCCUGGGCCGCCUUCGGCGACCGGGAGGGCGACCUGCGCGCCUUCACGGCGCACCUGCUGCCCCGGCUCCGCCCCCGAGCCCUGCUGGUUACGGGGGACCUCACUGACGGCAAACAGGCCGGGGGCAGGGGCCAGCAGCAGCCCGCGGAGUGGGCCAGCUACCGCAGCUUCCUGGCAGACGUCGAGGCCGCGGGGGUGCCCGAUGUGCACGACGUGCGCGGCAACCACGACACGUUUGACGUGCCCCGACGUGGCGGCGCGGCUGACCUCUUCGCGGCCAGCGCGGCGUCGGCGCGGCGCCGGGACCCGGCGCAGCGUGUCUAUGCCCAGCCGCUGUGGGCGUCGGAGCCGGACCAGCAAGCCGGGUCCUGCCCCGCCGUCGUCCUGCUGAGCCUGGACCUGGCGCCCCGCGUGGGCCUGCGCAGCCCCUCCAACUUCGUGGGCGUCGCAGGGCCCAGCCUCCUGCGCGCGCUGCGCGGCGGCGCCGAGGCGGCGUGGCUGGGCCCCGGGGCGCCGCCCCGACGCUGCUCGGCAUCCUCCCCCGCUCCGCCGGUGGUGGCCUUUGGCCACUACCCGCUGAGCACGGUGGACACAGAGGCCGGCGCCUGGCCGCUGGGCACGCUGCGCCGCCUGGCCCGGCCCCUGCUCCAGCCCACGGGCCUGCUGGCGGAGCUGCUGCGCCUGAACGUGACGGCCUACCUUUCCGGGCACCUGCACGGCGCCUUUGGGCAGCGCCUGCACGCCAUGCACGCGGGGGGGGGAGGGCCCAGCGGCCACCUGGCAGAGCUGGAAACCGCGGCGUGGAAGGACGACCGCAGGUUCCGCCUGCUGGCCGUGGACGGCGGGCUCCUGUCCUUCCAGGACUUGUUCUUCCAUGCCCCCGGCAGCCCCGGGCAGCCUCGCAGGCCGGACGCGGCCGCCCGCCUUGACCCCGGGUGGGCAGUCGCCUACAGGCGGCGGGGCUGGGGCGUGACAGCCUUGGAUGCCAGCGCAAGAGUCCAUGGCGCCGCCGCCCUGAUCACCUUCCCCCCAGACGCGCGGUACGCGCCCGUGCCGCAGCACGCCCGCGCCGCGCUCCCCUUUGACCGGGGCACCGUCCGAGCGCUGGUGUACGACCUGGAGGGCGCAGGGCCGGGCCUGGUGCACGCCCGCCUCACGUGCGGCGCCAGGGGAAGUGGGCCUGACGUGGAGCUGGCGCGCCAGGCGCUGCAGGCGCUGGAGCCGGAGGCGCCGGGCCCGACGCUCUUCCAGGGCGUGCGCCUCGCCGGCGGCGGCUGGACCGUUGCUCCCCUGCCCGAGCCGCUGCCCCUGGACCUCGGCCUCCUCGAAACGAUAGGCCUGCGCGUCGACUUUGCGGUGCUGGCCUUCCGGCUGUUUGCUCUGGCGUGGGCGGGCAUCGUCCUGGGCGGCCUCAUUCUACCCCGGUUCCUGCACACCAGGGGCUGGGGUGAGCGCAUCGCCGCCAGCCCCCUGUAUGCCGGCCCUGCGACCUGGGGCCAGGCCCUGGCCGGGGCCCUCACUUGGCCCUUGGCGUCCCUGGUCCUGCUUGCCGGCCACACCCGCGCCUGGACCGCAGUGCUGGUGUAUGCAUCCUACCUCCAGCUCGGACCCUGGGCGGCGGGGAGGUGGCUGGGGGAUGCACCCCCUGGCCUCCUGCUACCAGGGGGUGUGGCGACGCUGCUGCCCGAGGGAGGCCGCCUCGUCCUCUCCACGCCCGACCCCUUCUUCGUGGGGCUCCUGCACACGCUCACGGGGGCCCUGCCUCUGCUCCUCUGGGUGUCCUGCGUGGUCGGGGGAAGGGCGCUGCGGGGCAGGCGACGGGCGGCGCUGGGGCCCGUGGAGAGCGACCAACCCGCUCAGAAUCCAAGCGGCAGCAGCGACAGCUGCGGCGAGAGCGGCGGCUCCCCCGCCCGUCGGUCCAGGCUGUCUGCCAUGCGGCGGCGCAGCGGCAGCAGGGAAGGCGUGGGCGGCAAGGGCACAACGGAGGAGGAGCGGCAGCCCCUCGCGGGAGCGGGCAGGGGGACGCCUGCCCGAACUGCCAGGCCAGACGCCCCCUUGCCCCUCCUGCGGGUGACAGCGGCCCAGGGCCUGGCAUUCUGCGGCGUCGUGGCGCUCAACACGGUGCUGCUGUACAGGCGCAUGCCCGCCUUUCUGGGCCCCUCCUCCCUCUGGUUUUCGCCGGGGGUCGCGUGGAUGCCUGCACUCGCCCUUUUGCUCACGCUCUUUGUGUGA